AAGAUUUAUUGGGUGCUUAUUAUGUACCAGGCACUGUGUCCGGUUUAUAGGAAACACAAAAGAGAGCUGUUAUCUUGCUUAGUGAUGUUGGCAGAAUCGUAUGCAAGGGGCUGGGGAUUUAGCUCAGUGGUUCUAUCUCCUGCCUCCCAAGCCCAAGGUCCUGAGUUCGAUCCCCAGUACCAAAAAAAAAAAAAAAAAAAUCAGAAUCGUAUGGAAGAAAGAACCUGGAAGAGUUUCAAGUACCAUGCAGGUCUAUGUAGAAUAUGUAAAUAUUUCACUUAACAGUAUUUCUCAGGUUCCAUCUAUUUUCCUCCAAACGACAUGAUUUCAUUUUUCUUUAAGGCUGCAUAACCUAAUACGAAAGCAACUAUUAUCUAUUGCAAAUAUACAUAAGAAUUUUUUUUAAAGAUGAUCACAUUGCAUUGCGUUGUUUAGUCCACGAAUAAUGCAUCAAGUCCGGUUCUUGCCUGGGGAAGUUUAAAGAAUUGCACUGGUCACAGGGCUUCAACACACAGCCGCAAAAGUCUUGGGGCCCAGACGGAACCGAUAAUACGGGAACCUUUCUUCUGGCCCCCGGGUGCUCCAGACAGCCCGGCAGGAAAUACGCGAGGGACUACGCUGCGUCGCGCCCCCGCAGUCCGACUUCGGUCACCACGGUAACGUGCGGAGGAAAGUGUUUUAUCAUGCGCACCCGGGUCACGCGAGUCUCGUGGGCCUGGGGCGCCCGCUACCACAGGGGCGCCUCGAGUUUCCCAGUGCCUCCGCCAGGCGCUGUGGAUGUGGCGGAGCUGCUGCGGGACGCGACCGCGGCGGAGGAGCGGCCCUCGGCGGCUCCGGCGCGGCGGACCCCAGCCCAGUGCUCGGUGCUGCUGUUCCCUGGCCAGGGCAGCCAGGUGGUGGGCAUGGGCCGCGGGCUGCUGGGCUUCCCGCGCGUGCGCGAGCUCUACGACGCCGCGCGCUGCGUGCUGGGCUAUGAUCUUCUGGAGCUGAGCCUGCACGGGCCUCAGGAGGACCUGGACCGCACCGUGCACUGCCAGCCAGCUAUCUUCGUGGCUUCGCUGGCCGCCGUGGAGAAACUCCAUCACCUGCAGCCGGAGGUGAUUGAGAACUGUGUUGCUGCUGCCGGAUUCAGUGUAGGAGAAUUCGCUGCCCUAGUCUUUGCCGGAGCCAUGGAAUUUUCUGAAGAACCAAGGAUGGAACUCAGGACCUUGAAUUUGCUAGGCAGGCGCUGGUACCACUGAGCUAAACCUCCAGCCCUCUUCUUUUAUUUUUUAUGUGGAGGUGAUGUGUUGCUGAGUAGCCCCAGCUAGGCUUGAACUUCCAACCCUCCUGGCUCAACCCCUAGAAUGUUGGGGUUAUAGACAGCUCCCUGUGCAUUCUUACACUACUCAUACACUCAUAUCUGUCACAUGUGGCAGAUGCUCAAUAGAUGCACAGAAAAUGAAAAAAGCGUAAAUGAGUAUUUGAUCCUUGCUUAGCUUGUGCAAGGCCCUGGUUCAAUUUCCAGCAGCAGCAAAAAAACAAAAAAGGACGAUCUUGAGCCAUAUCAGUUUUACUGCUUAAGAUGGUAUACACCUGUACUCCCAGCUACUCCGGAGGCUGAGGCAAGAGGGAGGCUCAAGGAGUUUGAAGCCAGCCUGGAAAUAGGGUAAGAUCCUGUUGAGAGGGGUGGGGAGACUGAUUUGCUAUAGUUAAAUACAGAGGAGGGACUUGAAUAGACAUGUAAGUAUUGAUAACAAUGUGGACAAACGCUCAUGCGUUGCUGGUGGGAAUGUAACGGUGCAGCCCCUGAGGGAAACAGUUUAGCCAUUGAAAAAGUUGAACACGAUUACCAAAGCACAUCAGUUCUGCUUGUAGGAAUUUACCUAAGAGAUUAAAAUGUUUGUCCACACAGAAAAACUCAUAUACAGAUUAUUACAGCACAUUGUUCAUAAUUGCCGAGAGGUAGAAACAGCCCUGCUGCUCGCAAGCAGUUGGAUGAGCAGACUACGCUGUGUCCAAAGACAGGAUGUCUUUCUGUCAUAAAAAGGGGUACAAUACUGACAUGUGCUGCAACGUGAACAAGCCUUGAAAAUUACCUGAAGUGAGAGAGGCCAGACUGAUUGAUCCCUUUUAUGUGAAAAGUCCAGAGUACGUGAGUCCAACCCCCAGUAUCAGCAGAUCAGAGGUUGCAGGGGAUGGAGGAGGAAGAAAUGGGAGUGAUUACUUAGCAGGCAUGUGGUGUUUUUAGUGGGAUGAUAAAGUCUUGAAAUGAACGAGCUAGUGGUUGUACAACUUUGUUUUUUCUUUCUUUUUAUUUACUUGGUUUUCUUUUGUUUUUUGCAGUACUGGGUGUUGAACCCAGGGCCUUUGCACUGAGCUACACCUGCAGCCCCUUUUUAUUUUUAGUUUUUGUUUUGAGACAGGGUUUCUCUAAGUCAUGAAGUUCCCCAGGCUGGACUCAAACUUGCAAUUCUCCUGCCACAGCCUCCUAGAAUGCUGGGAUUACCUGCCUGGCUUGGUGCUUGUACAGCAUUGUGAAUACACCAAGUACCACUGAAUUAUACACUUUAAAAUGACCAAGUGUACUUUAUGUGAAUUUUAUCUCUUUUUUUAAAAAAGGGGGAUUAUCGCACUAAAAGAAAUAAAAAUACCACAAUGAAAUAGCAGUUGACACCCACAGGAUAUUUUCAUAUUGUAAGGAAACUGCUAUCUGUAUAGUUUUGUGUUAUACGAUUUGUAGACUUGAGACAUGUUUACAAGCUCGUGUUGAGUCUUUUCACUUGGCACAUGGCGUAUUGAGUACUGACUUUUUGGUAGUACUGGGAAUGAACCCAGGAGUGCUCUACCACUAAGCUACAACCAGCCCCUACCCCACCCCUUUUUGAGACACUUGCUAGGAAUCACUGACCUCAAACUUGAGAACCUCCUGCUUCAGCCUCCUGAUUAAUAGUUAUUGCUUUAAUGCCACAUGGCAGGCUCUCCAGCUGUCCUAUACUCUCUACAUGUUUCCACCUCCUUCUGACCACAGAUGUUCUGCAGCUGCUCUGGGUGAGGGGCUAGAGUCCUGUGCAGGUGUACAUAGGUGCCCAGAGAGCAGGGUGCGUCACCGAGUCAGGGUGCAGGGCUUGCCCCUCAGCCCCUCUUGCCCAUUUCUCAGUCCAGUCGGCCCCUUCUCCACCAAGGGAGCAGACGUCACAACCACUCCCCGUCACGAAGCCACCUGCCUGGGCACAGUCCUGUCCCCUUGCCAGGUACCUGGGCCCAGGUCUCAGCCCCCAGCCUUCCCAGUGUCAUGCUCUCCAGCCAUGAGCAGGGCAGUCACACCUUGUUACGAUCAUUCUGCUCCAGCGAAUGCACACACUUGUGUAGCGUGUACAGCAAUCCUGUGUCUGGGGGCUCUUAAUUGUUCUUCCUUUUCAAUAUGAUUUCUCUUAAAUAAUUAAUAAUAAUUCCCAGUUCUCACAAGAGCCCAGGUAGAUUGGAUCCUUUGAUCCUCACUGUAAUUGAAAAUGUAGCCCGGAAGGAGGUCAAGGCCUGGCUGAGGCACCGUAGCUCCACGCCUGCUCUCUCUGCCCCUUUUGGGGCUUCUCGCCAGGGUGCUGCUGACAUUGGCACCAGACAGUUCUUUGGGGCGGAGCUGCCCUGUGCACUGUAGGGUGCUCUUUGUAACAGCAUCCCUAGCCUCUCCUUGGCACACAUCUAAAGAUUCCCCAUGUAACAGCCAGAGUCUCCAGUCCCCAAGAGGCAGAAUCACCCCCGAGGGAACCCCUGCUCCACACUCGCCUGGCUUUUGGGCGGGAAGCAGUUUGGGCUGAUGGGGUCACUGACAAGGACAGCCCCCUGCUCUUCCACAAUAGCAGUGACCACUGCACCUAGCAGAUACAGGCAGGUAUACUGUGGCCCUGUUGCCUGUGGGGACCUGUGUCUGUCUUGGCAGCAGGGGAUGUCGAGGAUCCGAUUUCA